UGGGCCUCUUGGUGACGGCAACCGCGUGGAGGCGCAAGAAAGGCUGGAACUGGAGAGGGAGGGGUCCACGGACUGUUGGCUGCCGGGCUGGAAGUCGGGCCGAGGGCCUAGAGGUUGCGGGAGAGCUCUGUGGGCGGAGCGAACCAGCCUGCAGGUCCCCGGAAGGAUCCGCAGAGCCUAGGGUCCCCACAUCGGGACUAGAAGGAGCCCACGAGUUACCUAGGGAUCUCUGGGAACUGCCCCGUGACUAUUCGAGAAGAUGCCGUACCUGGGCUCCGAGGACGAGGUGAAGGAGCUGAAGAAGGCUCUUUGUAACCCUCACAUUCAGGCUGAUAGGCUGCGCUAUCGGAAUGUCAUCCAGCGAGUGAUUAGGCACAUGACUCAGGGCUCGGACAUGUCUGGUGUUUUCAUGGAAAUGGUGAAGGCCAGUGCCACUAUAGAUAUUGUUCAGAAGAAGUUGGUUUAUCUCUACAUGUGUACCUAUGCCCCCCUGAAACCAGAUCUGGCUCUCCUGGCCAUCAAUACACUGUGCAAAGACUGUUCGGACCCCAACCCGAUGGUGCGAGGGUUGGCACUACGGAGCAUGUGUAGCCUCAGGUUGCCUGGUGUGCAGGAAUAUAUCCAACAGCCAGUUCUCAACGGUCUGCAUGAUAAGGCUUCAUAUGUCAGGAGGGUAGCAGUCCUUGGCUGUGCCAAGAUGCAUACUCUUCAUGGAGACUCUGAAGUGGAUGGUGCCCUGGUAAACGAAUUAUAUAGUUUGCUGCGUGACCAGGAUCCAAUUGUGGUUGUGAACUGCCUGAGGUCUCUGGAGGAAAUUUUGAAGCAGGAAGGAGGUGUUGUCAUCAAUAAGCCCAUCGCCCAUCAUCUCUUAAAUCGAAUGUCAAAACUGGACCAGUGGGGCCAGGCUGAAGUAUUGAACUUUCUGCUACGCUACCAACCCCGCAGUGAGGAGGAGCUGUUUGACAUUCUCAACCUGUUGGACAGUUUUCUCAAGAGCAGUAGCCCAGGUGUGGUGAUGGGAGCCACCAAACUCUUUCUGAUCUUGGCAAAAAACUUCCCCCAUGUGCAAACUGACGUGCUCAUGCAAGUCAAGGGAACUUUGCUGGCUGCCUGUUCUUCAGAGAGCCGCGAGCUCUGUUUUGCUGCCCUCUGCCAUGUGCGCCAGGUCCUGCACAGUUUGCCGGGUCACUUUAGCAGCCACUACAAAAAGUUUUUUUGCUCCUACUCGGAGCCCCACUACAUCAAGCUCCAGAAGGUGGAGGUGCUGUGUGAGCUGGUGAACGACGAGAACGUGCAGCAGGUGCUGGAGGAGCUUCGCGGGUACUGCACUGAUGUGUCUGCCGACUUUGCGCAGGCUGCCAUCUUUGCCAUAGGUAGCAUCGCCAGGACCUACACGGAUCAAUGUGUGCAAAUUCUAACAGAGCUGCUGGGGCUUCGACAAGAGCACAUUACCACAGUGGUUGUGCAGACUUUCCGAGACCUGGUUUGGUUGUGUCCUCAGUGUACAGAAGCUGUGUGUCAGGCCCUGCCCGGCUGUGAGGAGAGCAUUCAAGAUAGCGAGGGGAAGCAGGCGCUUAUUUGGCUACUCGGUGUCCACGGGAAGAGAAUCCCCAACGCUCCUUAUGUGUUGGAGGACUUCGUAGAGAAUGUGAAGUCGGAGACAUUUCCAGCUGUCAAGAUGGAGCUGCUCACGGCUCUGCUGCGCCUUUUCCUCUCUCGACCCGCCGAGUGCCAGGACACGCUGGGCCGUUUAUUAUACUACUGCAUAGAGGAAGAAAAGGAUAUGGCAGUACGGGACCGAGGUCUCUUCUACUAUCGCCUCCUCUUAGCUGGCAUCGAUGAAGUGAAGCGGAUCCUACGGAGCCCUCAAUCUGACCCUUCUCUCAGACUUUUGGAGGAUCAGGCAGAAAGACCUGUGAACAGCUGGGCCUCGGACUUCAACACACUGGUGCCAGUAUAUGGCAAAGCCCGCUGGGCAACCAUCUCUAAAUGCCAGAGUGUGGAACGUCAUGGCCCAGAGCUUCCUAACACUGCAUCUUUUGCCACAUCAGGACCCCUGAUUCCUGAAGAGAACAAGGAGAGGGUCCAAGAGCUCCCUGAUUCCAGAGCCCUCAUGCUAGUCCCCAAUCACCAGCUUACUGCUGAGUGUUUUGAGAAAACUUGGCUGAGCCUCAAAGUUGCUCAUCAGCAGGUGUUCCCGUGGCAGGGAGCAGUCCAUCCUGACACCCUCCAGAUGGCCCUGCAAGUCGUGAACAUCCAGACCAUCGCGAUGAACAGGGCUGGGACUCAGCCGUGGAAAGCCUACCUCAGCGCUCAGGAUGACACUGGCUGUCUGUUCCUGACAGAACUGCUGUUGGAGCCCGAGAACUUGCACAUGCAGAUCUCAGUAAAACAAAACAAGGCGAGGACAGAGACACUGAACAGUUUUAUUUCUGUAUUAGAAACUGUGAUUGGAACAAUUGGAGACAUGAAAUCAUAACAGCUUCUUGCCUAUCCUUAGUGAGAUGAAUAGCUCUCAGAGUUCCUUAGUUUUUCUUAUUAUAGCUGCUUGUAAGUCCAGAUAAUAUCAAAUGCAAAGGAGAAUGGGAAUCUGGGAAUGAGAAUUCUUACAUUCUUGUCCAAAGAUCAUUGGUGAAUGACCCCAUUUUUCCAGGUGAUGUGGUAAAGGUUAAUGUUGUUGGUAAGGGGGUGGGAAUGGGGUGAGAGUAGGAUUUGGAUUCUUUCCUAAUCAGUUUAAGGGAUUAUUUUACUCAUUAAA